UCUGUGCGUCCCCUACCCCGUCCUGCUUCCCGUCCUCCUCGGGUUUCCUUUAAUCCCAUUGUCACUCUCGCAGCACGGGAAAGAUCAAAAUGGGGUUCGAUGCGUCGUAGACUCGUAGAACUCCGAUCCUUGCCAGAUGGUUCCCGGCGGCGCACGUCUCGUCCGGUUACCUUCUUUUCGAUAUCUCCGUCUGUAACUAGGGUUCCGUUCAUUGAUUAAUCUAGGGACUAGGCCACAAUUGUUGGCCUUUUGACGCGAUCCGAUCAACGAGGAGUAGAAGGAUGUUCAACAAGAUCAUGAAACGAGGGGGCCGAAAGGGCCCCAAAUCCGAAGGGAACGAGCCCACCGUAUUCUCCAGCGCUUACCGCUCGGCCGGCGGUUCCGUUGUGUCGGCUUCGAACGUCACUGUAAACCACGCAUCUCGUCCCACCGCCGCUGCGGUGAGCCCCCAGACACAGACGCCGCUGGGCUCCGCCGGCGUCACCGGCGUCAUACCCCCGAUCGAGAACCUCCCUCUCUUCCGCGACGUGCCCGUGCCUGAGCGCCAGACCCUCUUUCUACGAAAGCUCCAGAUCUGCUCCAUCGUAUUCGAGUUCUCCGACUCCCUUAAGUUCGCGCGCGAGAAAGAGACCAAGCGGCAGACCCUCGUGGAGCUCGUUGAUUUCAUCCACUCUGGCUCUGGUCGCCUGUCUGAAGCAGUUCAGGAGGAGCUCAUUCGCAUGAUUGGCAACAACAUCUUCCGCUGCCUGCCCCCGACUUCUCAUGAGAACACCGGCUCGGAGAACGCUGAUCCUGAGGAGGAAGAAUCUUACCUCGAUCCAGCCUGGCCUCAUCUCCAGAUUGUCUACGAGCUCCUUCUUCGAUAUGUCGUAUCGUCCGAUACCGAUACCAAGAUCGCCAAACGCUACAUUGAUCACUCUUUUGUUCUCCGACUUCUUGAUCUCUUCGACUCUGAGGACCCACGUGAGCGCGAGUAUCUCAAGACCAUUCUCCACCGCAUCUACGGCAAGUUCAUGGUCCAUCGUCCGUUCAUUCGCAAGGCAAUCAACAAUAUUUUCUAUCGGUUUAUCUUUGAGACUGAGAGGCACAGUGGGAUUGGGGAGCUACUUGAGAUUCUGGGUAGUAUAAUUAACGGUUUUGCGCUUCCAAUGAAGGAGGAGCACAAGCUAUUUCUGGUCCGAGCACUUAUCCCACUCCACAAGCCGAAGGGAAUGGCGGCUUACCAUCAGCAGCUCUCGUACUGUAUCACUCAGUUUGUGGAGAAGGAUUUUAAGCUAGCGGAUACUGUCAUAAGGGGCUUGCUUAAGUACUGGCCAGUCACCAACUGCCAGAAGGAGGUGCUCUUCCUAGGAGAACUGGAAGAGAUUCUAGAGGCGACUCAAUCAGCCGAAUUUCAGCGUUGCAUGGUUCCACUUUUCAAGCAAAUUGGAAGAUGCCUCAAUAGUUCUCAUUUUCAGGUGGCUGAACGAGCCCUCUUUCUAUGGAACAAUGAUCACAUCGUGAGCUUAAUUGCCCAGAAUCGAAACAUCAUCUUCCCCAUAAUUUUCGACGCGCUCGAGAAAAACAUGCAAGGCCACUGGAACCAAGCAGUUCAUGGACUCACAGCCAAUGUGCGCAAAAUGUUCCUCGAUAUGGAUACCGAGCUUUUCGAAGAAUGCCAGCAGAAAUAUAUAGACAAGGAAGCCAAAGCCAAGUCACAGGAAGAGCAGAGACAGAUGGCUUGGAGAAGACUGGAAGCAGUCGCCGCCGCCAAAUCUUCGGCCGAAGAUAUGGUAUUAGUCAAUUAGGAUAAUCUGACCCCCACCUUAUUACUGUUCUCUUCUUUUUCUUUGUUUCUGCAGUUGUCUAUUGAUGUGCCCUUUUUAUGAAAGAAAAGCUGGGAUUAUAUGUAAUCUUAAAUGUAUCAUUUGUGGAUAUGUUGGAAGCUCUUUAAUGGUCAAUUUUUUUCUUUUU